AUUUGAUUUAUAAUAAUAAUAAUAAUCAAAAUAAUAUAUUGACUAAAUAUUUACAGUGAUAUAUAUUUAUUUUUAUUUAUAAAAUUGUUACCAUGGCAAUUAAUAAAUGCUCUCUAUUUUAUUUAACUUAUCGACAAUUUACAAUAAGUAGACAAAUAAAUACUCUUAGUAAUUUACAAAAUAAAUUGAGUCCGGAUGUGAUACUGAGUGAGGAAUAUAAAAAAUCAUGUAUUGAAAGAUUGCAAGUGAUGAAACCGUUAAAAAUAAAAGAUAAUGAAAAAAAAGCUGCGGUAUUGGUCCCACUUUGCUUAUACAAAAAUGAAUUGGGAUUGUUGUAUACACUAAGGUCGUUUAAAUUGAAUACUAAUCGAGGACAAGUGUCAUUUCCUGGUGGGAUACAGGAUGACGACGAUAAAAGUUAUGAAGAAACAGCGAUCCGCGAAACGUGGGAGGAAUUAAAAAUUCCACGGGAAAAAAUUGAUGUUUGGUCACGAGGUAACUUCGUCGGAAGAAAUGAUGUUGAUGUGAUGCCGGUUGUGGGUUUUAUUGGAGAAAUAGAUCCUGGAAAAUUGAAUAUUAAUGUUGAGGAAGUAGAGGAAGCUUUUGUUGUAAGUUUGAAGGAUUUGUGUGAGCCUAGCAAGUGCCGGUUCACUUAUUUUCGGCAAGGAUAUAUUCUGCCAGCAUACACGGGAGGUAAACAUAGAAUUUGGGGACUUACUGCUGUUAUUACCCAUGUUAUUAUGAAGACUUUGGUUCCUGAUGUUUAUGACUUCAAGUUAUCGCAACCUGUAAAAAUAUCUUAGAAAUUUGUAAAUUUAAUUUAAAUAGAAAUAAAUUAUUUUUAAAUUUUCAA